GAGAAAAGUUAGAAAGAGAGAGAGCGAGAGAGCGAGUAGGAGUGAGAGGGGAGUGCAAGAGAAAAGUUAGCUGAGCUCCCACAAAUCACUUUGUCACCAGCAAGCUCUGACAAGCAUCAGGAGAGAGGAGAGAGAGAGAGAGAGAGAGAGAGAGAGAGAGAGAGAGAGAGAAAGAAAGAAAGAGAGAGGGAGUUAAACAGCGGUGCGAGUUGUGUCAGACGAGACUGAACGGGGAAGGUGUGAAGGAGCUGCACUGGGCAUAAAAGGAGGGGACACCGAUGGAUGGAUAGAGAGGAGGGAGAACAGAGACGACCCGACUCUCAGAACAGUGUGAGGGACUUCACUGCUGCCGCUGUCUCUGUGAACCGUACGCUCAGAUAAAGAGAAGGAUAUUUGAUCAGGUCUGGGGUGGAAUCUAAGCCGCUGGGGUCAUCGGAUCAAACAACAAUGCUGGUUUCUUUUCACUUUAAGCACACAAUGGUCUAGGACGUCAUCGCGUUACCUGUGUGGCUGAGUCAGAGGGCCGACUCGGCACCAGCGGUCUGUCCGCCCACUGCGAGAUUCUCUCCAUCCAUACGCUCAAAGAAGACACACCAGUAGCCCUAAACUUUGCGGGCCCUCCACACUGCUUUAUUUGUUCUGCUGGUGUAAACACCUCACGUCACUCACACCUCCCCACGGAGUGAUUCACCUCUCUCCAAGCCUUCUCCGGUUGUACACAGGCAGCGAGAGAAAAGGUGAGGGAGCAUACGCAGAGAACCAAAGCGGUCGCAAGUGUUGAGGUCAGCGCCAUGAGGCUGGCGUUCUUGGUGCUCGUGGCUGUGUACACGGCAGGCAACGCGAGCGGCAUGUCCACGUGUAAAACGGUGGACCAGCAGAUGGUGAGGAAGAGGCGCAUCGAGGCCAUCAGGAGCCAGAUCCUCAGCAAACUGCGCUUAGCAAAAGAGCCAGAGACCGACCAGGCGGGGGACGAGGAGGAGAUCCCGACGACCCUGCUGUCCCUGUACAACAGCACCAAGGAGAUGCUGAGAGAGCAGCGGAGGGUGGAGACGGACAUCUCCUCGGAGCAGGAGGAGGAGGAGUACUUUGCCAAGGUGCUGCACAAGUUCAAUAUGACCGCAAUAAACAACACAGGGACCACCAAAGCUUCCAAAACUAUCCCGAUGAUCUUCAAUAUCUCAGAGAUACGAGAUAGUGUGGGAGAUUACCGCCUGCUGACCAGCGCUGAGCUACGGAUGCUCAUCAAAGACACCAAGAUAGCUUCUGAGCAGCGAGUGGAGCUGUACCAGGGUCUCGGGACGCCCCGCUAUCUCGCUUCCCGCUUUGUCACCAACCAGUGGAACGACAAAUGGCUGUCCUUCGAUGUCACUGAGACGUUGCAGACCUGGCUCAAUGGCAACAAGGAUGAAGAGGGUUUCCAACUUCGAGUGUUCAUUGAAUGUGGCCAGACAAAUGUCGACAGUACCUUCAGCUUUAUUAUUUCUGGCCUCGAGUCUGGUAGGGGAGACAUAGGAACCUUGCGAACAAGGGCAAAGCAACCACCCUACAUCCUGACCAUGUCCAUCCCUCAGAACAGCAGCAGCCACCUCACCUCGCGCAAAAAACGUUCCACUGAGACAACGGACACCUGCACAGCCCAGACAGAGACCUGCUGCGUGAGAAGCCUUUACAUCGACUUCAGGAAAGAUCUGGGCUGGAAGUGGAUACAUAAGCCAAAUGGCUACAACGCCAAUUACUGCAUGGGAUCCUGCACCUACAUCUGGAAUGCUGAAAACAAAUAUUCUCAGAUUUUGGCCCUGUACAAGCAUCACAACCCAGGAGCCUCCGCCCAGCCUUGCUGUGUUCCACAGACACUGGAGCCACUGCCAAUCCUAUACUACGUGGGCAGGCACCACAAGGUGGAGCAGCUGUCCAACAUGAUUGUGAAGUCCUGCAAGUGCAGCUAAAAAUACGUGAUGGCCAACACUCAAACACACUGUGAGAUGUGUUCUAGAGCACGGAGGGAGCAUGUGACGAAGGGGACGAGAAACAAAAUGUGGAACAAAAUGUCUGAAGUCAUCGGGGUCUUUGCGGUCACCACCAUUCCUUCUGCAAACACUCUACCUUCAUCACACCUUGAACUUCAUAUAGAUAUUAAAGAUUUCAUUUUCUAUGCCUAUAUAAUUUUCACCUUCCUGUCAUGAAAAAGGCCUGUCCUGAAAUGAGACAGAUGUGUAAAGAAUGUAUGCCAGUUUGUCAGCUCGACAUGAAAAAAAUAUAUCCCCCCCACCCCCACCACCACCAAAAAAAGAAAGAAAAUGGAUAAAGAAUGCCAAAGGACUCGAGGACCAAGAUGAACGUAAUAGAAGAACUCCUUUUUUUUUUUAAAUGACUUUUCUUACUUCCGUAGCAUCGCCCCAAUGAGCUCACAGUUAAAAGGUGCUAUGAAUCCCAGGUAUGGAAAACAGUGGCGGUUGUUGGGGACUUUCCUUGACCAGGAAGCCACAGGUGUUUUUGGAGAUUGUUUGCGUCGCACAGGACAGCAGACAGCUGCGGGGGCGGGGACAGUACGACCCGGGGAAUCUCCCUCUGACUGACUGGUCGAGAGCCAUCAGGCAGCACAGCAGCGCUUCACUCAAACCGUCUUUUUGUAUUUUUUUGCAGACUUGACUUAUACGAUGCUUUUGUUUUGUUCUCAUUGCUCUAAUAUCAGAUUCUCCUUAUGAAGCCUUCUUCAGCCGUGCUGUCAAACAACAUGAGUACUAUCAGGGGAUGUAAGAGCAAUGACAGCGUGUUUUUUUCUCCCGCUCAGGAUUCACAGCAAGCUAGUUGUGUCUAGAGGGUGAUGGUCAGGGUAUGUUGCUGUGGUGUCGUGUUUUAGGGAAGCCGUUGAGACUCAACAUACACAUUUGCUGUUUUAUUAGUAAUGUAGGGGCAAUUUUUUUUUACUCUCAUCUGAAGUGUGAUGCUUUUGCACAACUCAAGAAACAACCCAAAACUUUGUAGUGCACUUACCAUUUGAAAUUUGAAUUUGUAAAUAUUUUAACAUUAUGAAAUAAAAGUUGAUGUUAAAUUAU